AAACUCUCUUGUGUGUUUUUCUUACCUCUAAGCCAAAAUGGCUGCCAGGAAAGCAGUAGCGCAAGUAGCAGAGAAGGUCAAGCGGAAAACUUUCCUUUCGGCAUUAAUUCCUGCGGGAAAGGCAACGCCUGCUCCCCCCUUAGGUCCAGAAUUAGGACAGAUGCAAAUACAAAUUGCAGCAUUUUGCAAAGACUUUAACGAGAAGACAGCACAUAUUAAACCAGGAAUCAAAAUUCGCACAGAAAUAACAUUAAAUCCUGAUCGGUCCUAUAGUAUCAAGCUGCUGAAUCCAAUCACAAGUUACUUCUUGAUGCAAGCUGCUGGUUGUCAAAAGGGAGCUGUCAAAUCAUCCAAACAAGUCACUGGUAUAAUAUCCCUGAAACAUAUCUAUGAAAUAGCCAAAAUAAAAAGCCAGGACCCAUGCUUUGCCUGCAUGACAUUAGAACAGAUAUGUAACACCUUCAUUGGCUGUGCACACACAAUAGGAUUGAAGGUUGUAAGGCAUCCUCCUAGUGUUGAAGAAUUGAGGGAGUUCCUGACCAAAAGAGCAGAAGAAAUAGCGCAAGAAGAUAAAGAACUGGAAGAGACGAGAAUAUCUAAAAUGUUGAGGUUGUAACUUAGUAUUGAAAAAUUGAGCCUAUUUGUUUAGAAUUGAUAGUACCGGGUAUACAGAUAUAUAGUUUGCCAAAAAAAAUUUUUAAAAAAAUCAGAAGGUCAGAUAAUGCUAUUUUGUAGGAGGCCACUUCAAAUGUUAAAAAAGCUUUAUAGCAAAAAAUUACAAUUAUUUUGUGAUAGCUUCAACAGUAUCUGUUGGAUACAUUUGGAUAUCAAAAUUAGGAAGUCUAUAGGUAUUAGACAUAUAAAGUGUUCAUCAUAGAUUGUGAUUUAAUAUGGUUACAAAUGAAACUCUAGGGCAAGGUUGAUUAUAGUUUGUCUUUUUAUAUUGUAACUGUGUAUAAGAAUGUUAUUGAAGUUUUAUGUGUCAGUGUAUAUAGUUUUUGAGUAAAAGUUAAGAAUUACAAUGACCAGAGUAUGCAUGUGAGAGACAAAAUGUUGAUGACUAACAAAUUGUUUAAUAAAUUUAUAUUUGAAAUGAU